AUGACCACCUACGGCACCACCAACGGCUCUGCAGCCGUGCCCAACGGCGCCUCUGGCGAUGAGGAACAGCCGCUCCUGCGCAACGGCCACUCCAAGCCGCGGUCCGUCGUCUCCCGCCUGCGCAGGCAAAUGACGGCCGAGGUGUCGCGAUCGUGGGCUGAUGUGGUGCUUCUUUUGUGCUACGUCGUCACGGGGCUGCUGGACAGCGCGUCGACGCAGGUCUGGGGCGCGUUUGUGUCGAUGCAAACAGGAAACACCGUCUACGUCGGGCUGGGCCUGGCCUCGCUCAUCUACCCCCCUACCAGUGCCCGUCUCUACAAAUCCGGCAUCUCACUCGCCUGCUUCUGCAUCGGAUCAUUCCUCUUCGCCCGCUUCCACCGUUACUUUUCGCCCAAGAGGAGAUGGGUGCUCUGCGUGUCCUUUGCCGCCCAGACGCUCUUCAUCGUUGCCGCCGCCCUCAUCGUCACCCUCACGACUCCCUCUGAGGACAAGGACCACGUCGGCUGGACGGUCCUGGCGCCUCUUGCGCUCGUCGCCUUCCAGAGCUGCGGCCAGGCCGUGACCAGCCGGGCUCUCAAGUACAACGCCUUGACCAGCGUCGUCCUGACCAGCAUCUACUGCGAUCUCUUCUCGGACCAGGAUCUCUUUGCCUUCCAGAACGCCGAGAGGAACCGUCGCGCGGCUGCGCCCACGCUUCUGCUCGUCGGCGCGGUUCUGGGCGGAAUCUUCUCGCACAGCUCCCUUGGCAUUGCUGGCGCGUUGUGGACUGCCGCCGUUCUCAAGGCCAUCAUGGUUGUUACUUGGUUUUUCUGGCCGGCGGAGCCUUCAGGCGAUGAGGAGUAG